AUGGCCACCGCAGUGCAGGAAAAGCGUGAUGACCUCGAAAGUAUGGCAAGCACCAAGUACAUUGAAGAACUUCCCUUGGGCGGGGCAGAGUUAACCGAAGAUGCCACUGAACAAGAACGCGAGUCCAAGCUUCGAUGGAAGAUGGACUGGCACAUUGUGCCUCUGACCAGCAUCAUCUUCUUGUUUUCUUUCAUCGAUCGUGCCAACAUUGGAAAUGCAAGAAUUGCGGGCUUGGAAAGGACACUCAACAUGCACGGCUAUCAGUUCAACAUUUCGCUGUCCGUCUUUUACGUGUCGUACAUUCUGUUCGAGAUCCCGAGCAACAUGCUGUGCAAGUGGGUUGGCCCGGGACGCUUCAUCCCGGUCGCGACCUUUUGCUUCGGCGUCCUGACCAUGUGCACCGGCCUGGUGCCCAACUUCUCGGCGCUCUGCGGCGUCCGCUUCCUGCUCGGCAUCUUCGAGGCGGGCAUCCUGCCGGGGCUCGUCUACUAUCUCUCUCGGUGGUACCGCCAAAGCGAAAUGACGUUUCGAAUCUCGCUCUUUAUUGUGUCGGGGUCGCUGGCGGGCGCCUUUGGCGGCCUGCUAGCUUCUGCGAUUCUGAGAAUUCCUGGUAUUGGCAUGCUUCACUCUUGGAGAAUGAUUUUUGUCAUUGAAGGCAACUACUUGCAAGGCAUCGCCACUUGUGUUUUAGGAAUCGGAAGUUGGUUCGUCAUGGCGAAUGGCCCCCAAACGGCAAGAUGGCUUUCAGAGGAAGAAAAGGAACUCGCGCUCCGUCGCCUGCAGAGUGAGCGUGGCCACGCCCAAGAACUCGUGGACAAGUUCAACUGGACCAAGACGCGCCGCGGAAUCCUCAAUCCCGUUGUGCUCGCAACCGGCUGCAUCUUCCUGCUCAACAGCAUCAUUGUCCAGGGCGCGUCCUUUUUCCUGCCGACUCUCGUGGCCACCAUCUUUCCGGACAGGGCCAUGACGACGAAGCAGCUAUUGACCGUGCCGCCAUACAUUCUCGGCGCCAUUUGCUGCGUCGUCACCAGCUAUGCCAGCUGGCGCAUGAACAAGAGGGGCAUCUUUCUCAUCCUCUGCGCCGUCAUCCCGACAAUAGGCUAUGCGCUCUUCAUUGCCACCCCGAGCCCCAAUGUUCGGUAUGGCGCCAUUUUCCUGCCGUUCUUUGGCAUCUACACAUAUGGCGCCCUCACAAACUCGCAUGCCGCAGCCAACGUCGCAUCCGACACGGCAAGGUCCUCUGCGAUUGCAACAAAUGUGAUGCUGGGUAACAUGGGAGGACUGGCGGCGACCUGGGCAUACGUGCCCUCUGACGGUCCCCUGUACAAUAUUGGCACAGGUCUCAACCUGGCUGCCAUGUCUUCGGUCAUUAUUACCGCUACUUUGUUGUAUUUCUGGAUUUUAAGGGAUAAUAAGCGUCGCGAGCACUUGGAUCCCGCCGCUGAACUGAGCCAUCUAGAUGCAUCAGAGAUCCAGAACCUUGACUGGAAGCACCCAGAGUUUCGCUGGCGAAAUUAG